CAUCUUUUGACACCAGGAGGUGUAUGAGGAAUAUAUUGAGUCCGAACGAUUUAAUUGGUCAGUUUAAAAAUUUGAAAAAUUCGAAUAUAAAUCGCUCAACUUAUUCGACAGGUUGAUGGCACCGGGCCAGUUCCCAAUUCGCAACACUGCAAGUCAGCUGGUACGAGAAAAUGUCGUUGAACUAGCAACUGUUAUAGAAGGCAUUAAACAAUAAGAAUUUUUAUAGGGCCAAUGGCACUUCAUUUAUCUUUCUUUAAACGGAUAUUUCAUCUUGUAAUAAAGUCAUCGUGGGCAUAUUAAUAUUUGUAAACUCUCGGGUUUGGCCAUUUUUUUUAAUGAUUUCUCAAUGAAGCAGUCGAUAUAUUUCUACAUAAUAUAUUAUAUAUAAAUGCGCAUUUAGAUAAUUAUGAAGGGAUAUAUGUAACAGGGAGUAAUUUACUGCAGAAUUUAUGAAAUGCAAUUAUUUUAUUGCUUAAAAAAUUGAAUAAAGCCCCAGUAAGUGCGUUCACACGAUGAAUUCUUUCGUGAAUUACGUCGCUAACCUCAAUUGUAUAUUAUCUGUUAGACAAUCUGCAAACGCUAUCGAACAACGCCAAAGAAGAACAAGGAAAAGAAUUUGGUUCAAAUUAAGCUGAGGAUUCGAACCCGGAUUCAACACGAUUGUAGAGAAUCAAUUAGUUUUUAUCGAAGAAAUAUUAGCCAACGAAUUCCUUUAUUUAACAAGAAUUAAAGGCUUAAAAUGAUGUUAUAAAGCACGAUAAAAAUAAUGUAAAAAAAUAUCAAGCAAUAUGGCUGCAUUCAGUAAAUAAUACACGCCAUUAAGAUAAUGUUUUGUAUGCAAUAAAGCGAUAUUUUGUAAGGUUUAAUUAAUUAACUAAUACGUAAAUAAUAUAAUAUAAUUGGCAGAGACGGUAGACUUUUUUUUAAUAUUGUUGAAAUUAUUUGUAUUUAGUCCAGCACGCGCUUUCGUAAACAAUAAAUAUACCAAUCGCAGCUACUCGAAUCACGUGAUCUAGUACACCCCCCUAGGUCCUCAUACUCCGCCGCUCUCGCUGUUAAUACUAUUAUUACGUGUAAAAUUAACAUAAAUAAACAGUUUGAAUUUUAUUUUUCUAUUUAUAUCGUCAAUUAUGUAAUCGACGGCGAUAUUAUAUCGCCGAUACAAACUUAAUUCUAAACUCUGCCAAGCUGACAAAGAAAGACGUCAACCGACUGCGUCAUCCAGUCGGUGGCAUAAAGAGGGCGCCCAUCUCUGCCGAUCACGUGCUUUUUUUGUUGAGGAUAUCCUCAAGCCACUCAUCUACGCAUCUUCAGUUUUCUUUCAAGUCUCAAACUCGUUUGACUUAACCAAUUUUCAACUCUACAUCUUGUUACAUACAAAAGGAGGGAUCAUAAACUCGGAUCCACCAACAUGCCAUCAGUGCCCUGUUUACAAACGCUGCAGAGAGAGUUGGCAGACAGCAUCAUCCGAUGCGCAUCGCUGGACGAUAUCCGCAUUCUCUUGGCCUGUGGUGCAAAAGUGAACGAGCCGGUUACUCAAGGGCUUCGUCCUUUACACUACGCAGCUUAUCAACAAUACAAAGAAGCCGUUAAUUUAUUGCUGGUUAGAGGGAGCGACCCGGAUGCCAUGGACGAGGUCGGCUACACAGCUCUGCACCUCUGCGCGGAGCGAGGAUACAUCGACUUGAUUUACCUAUUGGUUAAACACGGAGCACGCGUGUGCUUUACGGAAAUGACUGCCGACGAAAAGAGCCUGGGCAAUCCUCCGCGCGUCAGUCUGGCAGACGAACCUCUCCGACUGGCAAUUAAGAAUAGCCAUUACGAAUGUGCCGAGAUGCUUCUAAAGAAUGGUGCAGAUCCCAACGCGCGCUAUUUCUUGGGUGCGGAGAUCAAUCUAAUUAGCCCCUUAAAUAUCAAAUUUUUGGAAUUGUUAUUGAGACACGGUGCCGAUCCCGAUUCACGCGACAGAUCCGGUCUGACUCCGCUGAUGAAGGCGUGCAGGCAUCCUCAGGGUCUUCAGGCUGCUAAAAUGCUGAUAGAUUACGGGGCGGAUGUUAAUGCCAUGACCCCCGAGAGACACGACAAUCGCACCGUACUUCACUAUGCCGUGUUGAGUGGCAACCUGGAAACGGUCAAGUUGGUACUUAGUCGGGGAGCACGAGUCAUCUUUCCCUCUGACUAUCAAAAACCGACACCGUUAGAUUUCGCCAUCCUCAGGGACAACGUGGAGAUGGUGAAGUUGCUCAUCGAUGCCGGAGCAGACGUAAACACGGGAUCGCCCAUAAUCGGUUGCCCUCUUCACAUAGCCCUCUCGGAAAAGGUGGAAAACAAGAAAGACAUCACGCGCCUAUUGCUGGAUAGCGGUGCGGAUCCGAACGCCAUCACCCUAUCGGAACAGGGUCCACUACUCAAACCACCCAUGGGAGAAUACUUCAAUUCCGUAGAUAAUCCCGAAGUAUAUCUCUUACGUCUUCUUCUCAGGUACGGUGCCCGCGUCGUGGUCAAACCUCAGCUACAACAUCCUCUUGGAAUCCUGAAAACACUCCAUCGCCUUCAUCCUCAUCAAGUACCCGACGUUCUGAGAGUGGUAUUGGAUGCUGCGGAAUCUUUCAGCAUACCAGCCAUACGUCGCUCUCUUAUACUUUCCGAAGAGCAAAGGAACUUGCUACUACAACACGCCACAACUCCCAUACCUCUGAAGCACGUCUUGCGCCUAUACAUUCGCCAAUUAUUCGGUAUAGGUCCCAUCUUAGCCAAAAGAAUCCAUCAGUUGCCGAUUCCUAAAUUUAUUCAAAUGUAUUUAUUAUACGAUAUAUAGCCUUAGCUUAAUUGCACCUCUUGCAAUAAUUAAAGUUUCAUUCCCGCAUGAUGCAUAUGCCAUGGAUGGCACUUCGUCUUAGUUGGGAAUUCGGGCCCUGCCAACCUCGGCCUUAGGUUCUUACAAUUAAAAAAAAAAUCUUCCAGAUGCGACGUUAAUGGUUACCACCCUUCUACGCCAGCAUGCAACCGAAUGCGUGAAAUAGGCCUAGUGAUGGGGUUCACGUAUCGAAUUUUUAAUUUUUUUUUUUGUAUUUUUUUUAUGUAUAUGUAUGCACU